CCGACUGCGCACGGCACCGGUGUGCGGAAGGGAUUUGUGGCUCGCUCUCUCCGUUGCCCGGCCUCGCGCGUGCUCUCCGGCGCUGACCAGCCAACGCCACCGCCGCUCAUGCUGCCACUGCAUCCCGACUCAACCAGCGGUGUCUCGCUUUCGAAUACGUGACCCAUGAAUUUCUCCGGUGAUCGUGCGAAAAAGACUACUGGUGACGAGUGAUAUUCUUUCAAGGAGUUCGGCCUCGUUCGUCGCCGCGUUGCGCGUGGGGGCGCGUGUGUUUGUGGUGCAUCCCUUGAAUGCGCGUGAAUGCACUCCGCUUCUGAACAGUGACUCCUCUUUCCGUCGCCUUUCUGUUUUCCGCUGAUGCACCAUGGAGACCGAGGAGAUAACGAAGCUUGUGGACGGAAUAUACAAGAAUAUUCUGGAAAAAUUCAACCCUGGGGCUCGGCAGCUCAUCAAUGCGGGCAAGGCCUAUUUGAAGGCGCUCCAUGAUGAACGAAGUAAAAAUGUCGUUUCCAAAAUAAUUUCUUAUUCAUUAACGCCGAUAUUACAACACAGUGCAUUAUUAAACUUGUGGACAUACAUUUCUAUAAUAUUCAAAGAAAAAGAACAAAAAAUGUGGACAAAAGAAAAUGGACUCAAUGCUUGUGGACAGACAUUUUUCAAAACGUAA